GGGCUCCGCAGCUUCCUGCCAGGCACCGCGCAGCCGCCUCCGCCGCGGGAGCCGGGGUGCAGCCUGCGCGCGGGUGCGGAGCCGGGAGCCCGCGCGCCGCCGCACACGAUGCGCGCCCCGCCGCCCGCGCCGCUCCCGCUCCCGCUCCCGCGCCUGCUGCUGCUGCUGCUCGCGCUCCUGGCCGCGCCCGCCGCCUGCGCCCGCACAGCCCAGUCCGCCUCGUCACCACUGCCACCGCCACCCGGCCCGGGACCCGCCAACGCCACCCUGUCGGGGUCCGGGGCGGCGGGCGGCGGCAGCGUGUCCAACAGCAGCGGCGACGCCUUGGUGACCCGCCUUUCCUCCCUGCUCCGCGACCUGCCCACCCUGAAGGCGGCCGUGAUCGUGGCGUGCGCCUUCAGCGCGCUGCUCAUCGCCUGCCUGCUGCUGCGCGUCCUCAGGUCAGGGAAGAGGUUAAAGAAGACCCGCAAGUAUGACAUUAUCACCACUCCAGCCGAGCGCGUGGAAAUGGCCCCUCUAAAUGAAGAGGAUGACGAGGAUGAAGACUCCACAGUGUUCGACAUCAAGUACAGGUAAAACCUGUUUUCCAGUGUGUUGGUAUCCUGUGGGGUGAAGGAUCUGGGAGCCGCCUUCCUUCUGAAGCGUGGAGCCCAAAACAAACACUAUUUGUGACACUCUGGCUCCACUGUGUGUGUCUGUGUCCAGCGUCUGCUCAUAAUGUCACUGUCAAGCUUGCUUCCAAAUUACCCUCGGAGAGUCGCCUCUGGUGCGCUUGGGACGCUCUUUUCAAAUGUCACCUCUGCCUCUUCCUCCUCUGAGAGGCCUUUUGCCUUACCAAGAGGAUAAGGGUAGAAACAUACUGAUUUAAAAAGAAGUUUUUAAAGCAACUGCCGAUGCCAGCCAACGAUGAUUAAGAGGAUGAAGAAUCUACAAGGCGUCUGCAGGGUCCUCAGCUGUGGGUGCAGAAUCCCGCUGUGGGUUCUUUGGGGGCCACAUCAGGAUGUCACCAGCCUUUGCACCUCCCUCGAGUGCCGGCCUUGCCUCUGGGAGGAAGUGUGGCUGCUCCGGAAGCCCUCACAUGACAGCGCCUUUCUGUCUCUUUUCUUCUUUUUUCUUUCUUUAAAGGGGUCAGCAGAAAUAGGCAUUGUUAGUUUACAGAGAAUUUCAAACAUCAGGGAAAAAAAAGGUACGUGUGCAUGAGUGUGCAAGGGUGCAUAUACUCAAGUGUGCAUGGGUACAAGUGUGCAUGUGUGUGCGAGUGUGAGUGCAGGAGUGCGUUCCUAGGGAAUAAUUGCUUCUCUCAGUGAGUAGACCGCACUAGACAGCUUGGGAUAGCAACACUUUUUUUCUUUUGUGCUUUUUUAAAAAAAUGUUUCUCUGCCCUGUCAACAGUUCUAUGUUGUUGGUCUUAAAAAUAUAAUUAAAGAAAUAACUGUGGUGAUUUAAA